CACUAGGAGAAAGAUUUAAAGAUUCGUUCGAGCAUGAAGCCUCGGAAUUAGAAGUGCACCCAAGAAAACUUGUUAAAAGUUGUAUGUUGCAUAGGUCUCUCUAUGAACCUUUAUGUCGCGUAAGGUCUGUUGAGAAGGAUUUACAUGUAUAUGGGUGCUAUCAAGGAAAAUCUAUCGUCGGUUAUGCUCAUGUACAUGUAAGAUCUUCUGAAAUGGAGAAUUUACACGAAAAUAAAUUUAAGCUGGGGACAAAUCAAUCUUUUGAAGAUGCCGAAAUAUCCCUCUUCACACAAGAGUUGAAGUACACUUAUGGAGAAACAGCAAGUAAACGGUCAAAAAUAUUAAAGUCUCUCUAUGAACCUUUAUGUCGCGUAAGGUCUGUUGAGAAGGAUUUACAUGUGAAUAAGUGCUAUCAAGGAAAUAUCUAUCAUCGGUUUUUACCCUUGGCGGCACUCAUGUACAUGUAA